AUGCAGGACAGAUUGUCAGCAAGAGAAAGCGGUGCGAGUGGGGAUCCGCCCUUGAUGACGCUGGCGAGAGCACUGUCCCCCGACAGCCGUCCUAGGACAACGAUUAAGCCAUUUUACUUCCUUUUUAGGGGCCCGGGUCGCGGGAAUGUCCCCUGGGCGACGCCGAGGACUUUCUGCGACGUCUGGAGGACAAGAAUCCCCUCCAAGAGCGCCUGCCGCCGCCUCCUCCUCCUCCACCUCCUUGCUCGGCGCCCACGCCCUCGUCCCCCGCGGAGGGCGUCGGAGGGUGUUCGCGGCCGCCGCGCCCACCCGUCGGCCCGGCCCUUCCUGGCCCCGCACGUGUACCCCGGCAGCGGCGCCGCGAACCACGGGGCGAGCUCGAACCCCGUGGGGAGCGCUGGCGCGCCGAGACACGUCCCCGACGCCGCCGCCGCCGCCGCGUCGUCCUCGUCGUCCUUCCUCUGCCGGCUCUGCUCGUACACCGCGAGGGACGUGGUGGACCUCCUGGCGCACAACCAGCAGCACAAGUGGGACGAGGAGCUGCACCACCAGCAGGCGAGCUCCGAGGCGCGGCCGCAGAGGAUCUUCAAGUGCCCGUACUGCGACGUGCAGGUGAAGGGGCGGAAGGCCAUCGAGAUCCACGUCAUCAACCACUCGGCCGGCGACGAGGGCCCCGAACGCCUCUACUGGUGCUCCUUCUGCACCCUCAAGUGCCGCUCGGCGCCCGGCCUCUCGUCGCACCUCAAGCGCCACGCCUACCAGGGCGACUUCUAG